AUUUAUUACUAUUAGAGCUUGUGGAUUUCCUGGGACCAUAUCAGCCACAAUAUUUACUAUGACUCUGGAGUAGUUAGAUCCAGGAAACCACGUCAUGUGGGCAUCUGGAAUGCGGAACUAGGUAGAUUAUUGGUUUUGGUCCGCAGCUGAUUAAAACGAGACAACAGAGAAGUACACUAUAUGUUUUUUUAAAGCGAUCAUUCUGGUCGAAGACUCCAUCUUUCCCCUCCCAAUUAGCCAUCCAGGUGAUGGUGGACCCGCUCACCCUGAUUUUUGCUUGCAUGGCAGAGGCCUUUUUAUUUGGUGAUUAGCUUGCAUUACUUACAGCUUGCCCUUACAUUUUCGCAACUUUCAGGAACUUAUGGAGCAGUUUACCUUUGGGGUUUGUGUAUGCCCCGCCGAAAUCGCGUGCCACGAUUCUUGCGAAUUACAUCCUUUGCCGCUUUCACACUCUCAAUGAUUCACGUUGCAAUUUCGUUCGCGUCACUCGCGAAUCACAUUGAGAGUUCUGCGGCGCGUUCAAAUUAUAGGGUCCUAGAGCUAGAGAUGUUUCCAUAUUCGACUGUCCACGACUUGAUUUUUCUUUUUUCGGGCUGCCUACAUGACCUCAUUCUCAUCUGGAAGUUGUUCAAGACGUGGAACGACUCAUAUCUGGUUUCUACACCAUCGGCGAUCCUAUGGUUAGCAGGUGCUUCUUUGGCUAUCGCCGCCAUGGCAUUGCCGCCAGACUUUGACCAAACGAUUCACGCUCGAUCCCACGACUGGCGUCGCUUAACAAUCUACUCCAGCAUAGUCAAUAACGCUCUCACUUCAAGCCUAAUCGUCUACAAGCUCUUAAAACUGAAACGCGAGAUGACAACGAGCGAACCCGCCAGAACGUCCGCGAUCCAAAAAAUACGGAUAGAAAACAUCAAAUUCCUCGACGGAGCGAUCUUCAUCGUCCUGCUAUCUACGGUAGUCUACCUCUCUUUUUGGAUCCUCGGGAGCACCAUCUAUAUAUUUGUACCUGAUUCUGUACACUGGAGUAGGGCGGUAUUAUCUCAGAUAACAGCAAUGCUUCCAGCGCUAUUUAUUAUUAAAUACCUGUUUCAUGAGGACUAGGUCUGUACCCAGGGUCCAAAAUACGACCUUAACUGGUUCUACAUCCAAGCCUGUUUCCAACAAGGCUUUUUGUACCGAUGCACCCCAACGACUCCGCGAGUAAUUCUAGCAGGGUGGCUAGCGGGUAUCAUCCCAUCGUGUAGUUGGGGUUGGCUGUCGGAACUUGAUGGGCAGUAUAUCUCUCUAGGCUGCCAGUGGUUGUAAAUAAGGUCCAGCCUUAGUCCGAAGACCAUCCUUGAUUUUGG